CAAGUGAGGUACCAUCAGUGAGUUGUUGUGCAUACGAAUUUACACGGUAUUUUCUGUUCUUUACAAGUUCCCUGCUUCGCCGCAUUUGGCGUCGCCGUAUGUAAACCGGAACGCCUCCCAAAGAACAUGGCGCACGUCAUGUUCCGCCAGCGGAGCUCUAGAGGCGGCCGUUCAUUAAGAAGACGCCAUGACAGCGAGGAAGAGACGGUUCACCUUGAUUUAACUAAAGGCGUGGCGGACAACCUGAGGGAGGUUCUCAUCUAUUUGGUCCGCCAAGACGGCAGCAAGCAGAGGAAGAUAGCCUACCUUAACUGUCUUGUGAAACUCAGCCCGAAGAUCACUCCAGAAACAGAACUCGGGCUGACCCUUGAAGAUUUAUUCUGUUGUCUGCGGGUGCUCCUUGUGCACGAUGCCAGUGAAGUGCGAGCAGGAUGCCUCCGUGCUCUGCGCCAUCUUGUCAGAGACAUUGAUGCCGCCCGGGCACUCGUGGCAUCACACAUUCCACGCCUUGUGGCACGUGCACUGGAUGCUGCCCUGGAGAGCCGCACAGAGCGGCUUCAAGCCCUCAGGCUGGUGCGACGCCUGGUUGCCGUGGCGCCACUUGAGCUGCCAACUCAACUUGCCCGCAGCCUUGUUGCCGUGGCUGCGGAUGGCGCCAAGGAGACGGACGACCUUGUUCGUGCCUGCCUGGCCACCAUUUGUGAGCUAGCAUUGCUGAACCCAAAGCUCUGCGUGGACACCGGUGGCUUUCGGACACUGCUCCAAAGUGUGCUUGACUGCCAUCACCCACCCCUGGCAGAGGCGAUGCUGGGCAUCAUCUUCCACUCGAUAAACGACCCAGCCACGCGUCAGCUGCUCAGUCGUGAUAUCGACCUUGAGUACUUGGUGGCCCCAUUCACGGACAGUCACUUCAAGUAUGCACCGGACACACCAGAAAACAACUUGGGAUAUGACAAGGUGCUCAGGUUUCAGUCAAGUAGGAUAGCCAUGACAUCAGUCCUGAGGUCAUGGCCCGGGAUGGUGUAUUUCUGCAAGCCUCCACCAUCUGGUCUGCAAUCUCUCGUAGAAGUUCUUUGUCUUCCUCUUCCUGACACAAGGAAAAAUAUAAUUGAGUUGCUCUACGACGUAUUCUGCCUUCGUAUUCCGGAAUGGACGAGUGAUUUUGAAACUGCACUGAAGUCAGCUGAUCGGACGGCUAUCCGGGAGUCAUGGAAGCUAUACGAGGGCUUUGUGGUUGCAGAGGCUUGUGAUCUUUUACCGCCACCGUCAAAGCAUAGGUCAAAUUUAGUGGGAAAUUACAUAGCUCUCCUUUUGCUAGCAUUUGUACAGGCUGGAAUCCUAGAGGCGCUAGUUGAAGUGAUAGUGUCAAGUGAAGAUGCCUUGGCUAUUCAAGCAACAAUACUCCUGGCAGAACUGCUGUAUAUGGCCAGUGUCUACCUGCCCUCUGAAGCUAGUCGACAUUGCCACUGCCUGCCGACGCUGAUGUCACAGGCGGCUGCUUUUGGAUCGCCCCAAGAAAAGCGCAUCCGUGCAAGCACAGCUGUGGCCCGUCUGUCGCGCCUGCACACAACCCGGCGGAAAGGCACAAUGCCGAGCAGCCUCUUCCUGGACCAGCUGCUGCAGUUCUGCAGCCCGACUAAACACCGCAGCGGCAACCAGGACUUUUGUGAGGCGGCGGGCAAGGCACGCCUCAACGCCUGCCUGCACAAGGAAACGGACGAGAGUGCCAUGCACAGCAUCCGAGACUCCCAGGUGCUUGUCAGAGAGUACAACUCCUGGGACUGGUAUCUUGUGAGCUCGUUGCUCAAGUGGCCCAGCGAGUCACUGCGUGCACUCAGCGAGAGCACACACAGAACUUUUAUUCGCCGCCUCGUCUUCUUCUACAAGCCGAGCAGCCGCCAGUUCUCGCUGAUGGAGACCAAGCGUGAGUGUGCGAACCAGAUCAUCACCGUUGGCUGCCAGCUGUUUGAAUUUCUGCUUGAGGCCGACGAAGGUCGAGCCACCGAGUUCAUUGAGGACUUCUUGAUCGACCUGUGCAACUGCCUUCACGAAGCACAGCUACCUGGGGCUGCCAUGUCGGCGCUCUUGGGACCUUCGAGAAUGCUGGCGAUGGUUUCGCAUGCCUACUUCCUAUUCAUUGGCCGGCUCGCGAGUUCAAGCAAGGGCUCGCGGCUCUUGGAGAGGCUUGGAGUGUAUCAGCAUAUUGUGACACUGGUCACACUGGAAGGCCAUGACCUGUACCUGAAGCUGGCACUGGCAUCCAUGGACUACACUAAGCCGGGCUUUGCAAGGUCCCUGCUGACGACAGCAUUGACAACAAAGUGCGAGGAAGCACGACUCUAUGCAACAAAGUUCCUUAGAGUCCUACUGCGAUUGGAACUCUUGGACUUCAGGAAGUGGGUCAUGGAGCUUCUUGUGACUCAGCUCUGUGACCCAAACCGUGCAGUCAUGCUGACUGCUGCUUCUAUCUUGGAUGAAGCCUGUGAUGUCAAGGAAAAUCUGGAAGCACUGAUUGCACUGCGUCCUGUGCUGCUGUCGUUUGGAGACCGAGGCCUGCUCCUGCACAUCCGUUUCCUCUCUGUGCCGAGUGGCUUCAAGUACAUGCUGGAAGCCGAACUGCUAGGCCAUCAGCUGCACACGUGGGACGAGGUUGAUAAUCUUCGGUAUGUGAAGAUUGUUGAAGACGCCAUCAGCCAGGCUGUCACCUGGCAUCAGCGAGGUGAAGAUGGAACCUAUGGAAGGCGGAGCAGCAACACGAGACUCAAAGUGCAAGACGUGUUUGCUCCUCCACAUCUCUAUGGCCAGCUGGUGCAGCACAAGGAAGGACUGGAAUACCUGCAGAAGCACGGUUGCCUGGAGCGCCACUGCGAGACUGUCAUCUCUGGGGACAUGUCGAAUGAGGAGUCCCUCCUGCGGCUGAAGGCAUCGUUGUGGACAGUGGGCCAUGUUGGAACAUCACCAGAAGGCUUUGCGCUUGUGGCAGAUGCAGACGUGCUGCCCUCUAUUGUCAGAAUGGCUCAGGAGUCUCCGGUGUACUCGAUCAGAGGUGUGUGCUUCUAUGUGCUGUGCUUACUGGCCAGCACGGGCGACGCUGUCGAGCACCUUAGUGGUCUUGGCUGGGACUGUGUCCAGCACAAGCACAACGACGCCUGGCCCGUGGCAUCGGACGCCCUGCGAGCUGUGCAAACAUCACCUGCACCACUCCGGGCUCACACGUGGUCCAUCAGCAGCGCAGGGAGCCAACAGAGUGAGGUUCUCACGGCCAGCGCUCUGCACCGCCGCUUCCAUGGUUCCGCUGCAUCGUCCCUCAGUUGUGUCGACGCUGGUGAGACAAUGCUACGGAGGACGCUCAACUUUGUGUCGGAGCAGGCAAAAUCCCAGGUGGAGAACAACAGUGGUGUGCGCCAUUCACAGACUUUGCCGCGCAACGUGACGCUGUCUCCUAGACACGACGCACUGGUUGCCUCGUCUCGUAGGCCCCGUUCAUCGUCAGACUGCAGGCCGGGCGAAGCAAGGCAUGACGCUGAGGGAGAGGCACCACAGGGGCAGCAAGUCUACAAGACUCCAGAGGCGGUUGCAAUCCACCCCUCUGUUACCGAGUGCAGACUGCUAUCGGUGCCAGACAGCUCGAAGGAGCGUUCAAGCUCCUUUGGAGGGAGUCGCGACUCUGGAACCGAGACGUCUUUCACUGAGAAAAACUCCAGCAAUCCUGAAGUGAAAGGCGAGCGGAGUGACAGCAACGAGAGUGCCAUCACCACUGGCACAAGCAAGAGCCGGUCUGACAGUUGCACGGACUCAACGACGAGCGGUGUGAGUUCGUGCGAUGAGAAUGCUGCCACGACGAGGACAGUGCAAACGCUGAGCCCAAUUGCGAGCUCGACCUCGCUGAGCACACUGGGGGGGAACAGGGGCGAUGGUGCUGUGAUGCCGCGGAGACCUAGGGGCUUUGUCGGUGGUGUGCGGACGCUUUCGCGUAGCAGCACCUCCACGAGUCCGGUGUCUCCAGACUCCCCGGUGCUGAUGUACACAAGUGCACGGGAUGUGGCAGGCUAUGCAACACUACGGGCAGUGCGUGAGGCGUCGUCAAUGCGGCGGCGGCGGAAGCGUGUCUGCUCAGUGGGCUGCGAUGGGGCAGAGCAACAUGGGGAGCUCUUUUCGCCACCGUCUUUUGCUGGCUGGAGCCUAGAUCGCAGUGGAUUCUACAUAGGGGAGGAGCCAUAUCCGGAUGACACAACAAGUAUUCGGACUAUGUCCAUGUCAAGCACUGCUUCUGCAGCAACAGCCAGAUCGUCAGCUAGACGCUCCGAGGAGAGGUUCAUGGGACUCUGUUUGCCGGUUGACACUGCACUAAUCUUUUCAGUUUAUGAUCAGGUGCAGCCAUCUACGGGGGGCAAUGGAGAAGAGAGAAUUGCUGAAUUGGCUGAGAAUGUUGAAGAACGGAGUGAUGGCUUUGAGCUGCACACGCCGCGAGAAUGUCUCCUGUGCCACAGCGUUGAGCGAGUUGCUAAGAUGAAGCAAAGGCAUGCCGACAGCCCUGAAAAGUCAGUUAGUCCGGUUGGCACGGUCAGUCCGACAAUAGAAGAACACUGCAGUGUGGAUGUUCGUGAUGCAGUCAUCGGAGCAUUCCCUUUUUCCCGUUCUAGUCAAACUAGGAAAAACAGGAAGUCAGGUGAGAGGUCAGCUGACAGCGACUAUGAUCCCAUUGCCGUUAGGCGGGAGUUGCUCAAGUACAUUGCCAACCUCAACAGCUCAGUCAUUAUGAAGGGAUCCGAACAGGCCCUACUGACCCUGAAGCAGAAGUACCCAAGCGCCUUUCAGGAUGUGUGCCUUUACUCUGAGGUCUGUCUACUGAUGUCACGGUACCGGUACAGGCUAGGAGCCCGCACCCUGCUCCAGGAACUGUUCUUUGACCUCAGCCUUGAAAAGCAAUUUUUUGAGGAGGCAGAAUGUAUCCUAAGGAUACCACACGUUGUGGUAAUGCCACCUAAGGAGGAAUCAGAGGCUUAAAGGAGUCUUCGCUGACCAAAAAGUGAUUUGCGACACCAAAAGCUCGGCGUCGGCACCACUGUCGAUGACAUCAUGAUCAAGCGUCGCUGCGUACUCCUUUAGGGGGUUAAAAGAAAAGAAUCUACCAAUGUCAGAUGCAAGAUGUCUCCAAAUCAUGUCAUCUCAAGCCAAAUGUGAAGACAGAUGACUUGUGAUCCAAUGCUGGACAGCUGCGACUUGCUCAGCAAGUUAUGUUUGGCUACUCAGCAAGAGAAGUGCUGGCUCAAAGUGUGGUGGGUGCAACGUUGCUGAAAUAAGCCAAAGCAUUGUCAUAACCUUCCCUCAGUGAUUGCAGUCUUCAGCAGUGGCUUGACAGUGCUAAGGUGCACGUUGCUUUGUUGAUGAGAGGCCCAGAUGUCUGUGGCGUUUAUUCCAUAGACAUAGUAUGUGUUGCGGCCUGUUUAAACGCUUAUUUAGGAUAUAUAAAUGGGGGAGUGGGGGUAUUUUGAAAUCUGACUGCGUGCAAAGUGUCAUGCCCGGAUGCCAUGUAAAACAGCUGCAUUCGGCACUGGAAUAGUAUUGUGAGGGUGGAGUUAUACUUGCAUCUUGCACGCCGAUGGGCAAGGAAAAGAAGAGGGAGGGUGUUGAACAUACCGUAUUUGCUUGAAUAUAAAGCUUCUUUUUUAGCCAGAAUUACCGCAGACUGAAAAUGCACCUGUUUGAAUAUAAUGCGAGAUAAAAAAAGAUAGAUAUUGCACUUUGAAAUGCAGUAAGCUCAGCUGUCAUGCCAAUAAGCUUUACAGGUAAGCCGCUGUAUCAAUGACGGAAGGUACAAGUCUGUAAACAGUGAGAGCUCCACUUGGGGUGAUGUAGGUGGAUGGACUUUGUUGGUUGCAGAUAUGGUUGAAUUAUGCUUAACUCGUUCACAUUACAGUGACCUGUUUUUUUAUUGCAACAACUUUUACAGAGAUUCUGCUUGUACCCCUGUUUUGUUUAUCACCCAAAUUUCGCAACACAAUGCAUUUCAAAGUCUGCAUGAUUUAGUAAAGCACUUGGCAGUCGUGAUUUACUUGGUUUUCGUUUAAUAUAAAUGGUGGUCCUUACUUUUUUUUCUGGACAAGUAUGCCAACUGUUUUAUUGAAUAAUGCGAACAAAAGAAAUGCAAUCUCAUUGCGAAAUAUGAGCGAUAAACAAUAUAGUAGUAAGUGAAAAAUGUUGUAAGGUUGUUAGAAUAAAAACGCGAGUUGUAUUAUCGUAGUGUUUCCAUAUUUUCCUGGUAGUCGAAAGCAAGGGUGCAUUUACAUUUGUGGUUGCAUUAUAUUUAUGCAAAUACGGUAUCUCUUUCAUGUUGUUAUGUAAGUUAACCGUGUGCACUUUGACACUAAAGGGAGAAAGUGAGUGAGGAUGAAUAGCAACUUGUAGCUGUGACUCGUCUAUUUUUUUGUCACUGCAUAACCAAGAAUUCAAAAUGUGCCAAGCUGCUUUGUAAAUUUUUCUCAGGUUUGCCGUUUCCCUUAUCCCGGUGUGGUGCUUUUACAGUUACCAGUACAUGACGCCUGUAAAUAUGUAAAGGGUUUCCAGCAUGUGUACAUAGACCCAGGCGUGCCUUUUGCUGGUAUACAUUGGUAAGCAUGCUCGAGUUUUUGUAUUUAUAAAAAAAAAAAAUUAUUGUCUUUGUUGUGGGGAUUGUUCUAACGUAGUGUUAGCCGGUGUGUUAGUUUUGGGUUACAAGAGGUGUUUCCUUUUGUUCUUCUUUUGUGUGUGUGUUUCAUUGUUGUAGCUUAUUUCUACUUACAUUUGAUGAAAAUAGUGGAACUUGUCAAUGCUGCUUUUUGUUGUUUAUUUGCUGGUUUAUAUGUAGCACCAAGAUAGAGAAAAAAAGUGCUAAGUUAUAUAAGGGAGGAUGUUUAUUGCUGAAGAAACCGUAAACAUGUUCUUUGCGAGUGAUAUUUUUUACCCGUGUGGGGGGCAAAAGCAGUUUGAAGUUGUAUGCAAAUAUUUUAGCAUAAAGAUGUGUCUGGUCAUGA